UAGAGCAUAUGCAACUUGUUAGCCACCGGCCUCCCGCCACUUGGACUAAAGCUUGAAGGAAGCGACAAGAAAAGCGACUCUUGUUCUUUUGUCCCCCGGAAAAAGUCACCAACAACUUAAUGAAGCUGGUCACGUGACAGUUGGCGGCAGUAGCGGAGGGUCAUGAUUUCGGUUUGUGACGUCAUGCGAUAGAAGAGGAGGGGAGGGGAAAAGUUAGUUUGUGGUAUACUACUUUUGAAGGUUUGGACGUCCACGAUGGGAUCGUUCCGACGCUCCAGGCCUCGGUUCAUGAGCUCCCCGGUUCUGUCAGACCUGGCCCGCUUUCACGCCAGCUCGACUGCUCCGCAUGUGGCCAACAGCAGUGUGUGGAACAGUGUCCAAUCAGCAGUGAUGAAGGUGUUCCAGGGUGGCACUCUGCAGGCUAAUGAGCUGUACACGCUUAACGAGAGCAUCAGGUGGCUCCUUAAAACAGAGAUGGGCUCCUUCAUUGCAGAUUACUUCCAGAACCAGCUGCUGACUGGAGGCCUGGCUGACGUUCUGGAUCGGAUCUUUAUCUCUGGUGAGGAGUGUGAUGUCAACAGGUUUGUUGCCAUGGUAACUCCCUGUUACCUUCUUGCAGGAGGCAAAGAACAGCUAGUGGUCCUGGCAGAGGCAUGGGACCGCUUCUUCAUGGAGACGCUGCCUACCCUGCAGGCCAUCUUUUACCCUGUACAGGGUCAGGAACUGUCUGUUAGACAGAUGGCACUGUUGGCCUUCAGGGACUUGGUGCUGUUGAGGCUCCACCUAGAGGACAUCUUGGCAAGUGCCACCUCCGUCCCCUCAAGCGUCACGCACAUGCUGCUGGUUCUGCAGGGCAUUCAUGAUUCCGGCGGUAUAAGCGAGCGGUACCAGCAACUGGAGCACCUAGUGGCCAUGGUGGUUUCGCCGUACCUCAGCAACGUCCUUGCAAGAGAGCGCCAGCCCUCAGAGUGUCGGCAUCUGCGGUGGUUGCUUGGCGAUGGAUUACAGCCCGACGUGACCCAGCCGUCAAUGUGCGAGUGCGCCUCUCUGGCGCCGCUGGUGGAACAAGAAGGGGAGGCCUACUUGGAGAAGUCUGGCGGAAUGCGACGCCACACUGUCGCCAACAUCCACGCAGACGUACGGCUACUGUCUAGCAGGAUGCAUCAUGGAACUGAGGCAAACUGCCCAGAUGUCGUAACUGUGGCCUUCUCGGACAAGGCCGUCAAGGCCAGACGGUUCUCCAGCCAACCUGAUAUGAACUAGUUGCAGAGUAGCAGUCUUAGCAGCUCAGAGAGGAAAUAGACUGAGUUUGGACAGGAAACGGGAAAUGAAAUUGUACACUUGCUGCUAAGCUGGUGCAUGUAGCAUAGCAUGUAUGGACUAAUUAGCUACAAGCCAAUCAGGGAAAGAACAGGAUGUUUUCUAUCGCCUUUGUCUUUUAGAAAUUUUGUUUUGGGAUAAUAAAUUCUUGAUACUAACAACAAAGCAGAUAUUUUAUUGUGAAAACAAGUUUGAUUUGACAGCUUCACAAGGGGUGUGUAACAA